AGUCUGUGGUCUGAUCUCUGAUCUUCUAGUCUCCAUUGGUCUCCAUUGCUCCAUGUUACCGGCGUUGUCAGAGUAGAGAUUAGUAGUUUACUGCAUUAGUGGUCUUUGCUUGUCUACUGUUUUUUACCGUUAAUCAUUAAAUAAUUGGUUUUUUGUGCCAUUUAGUGGCUAAAAUGACGAAAGACGAGAGUUUAGAAAAGAAGUCUGUGGAACAUAAUGACAGCGAUAAGAAAGCGGUGUCCGAUUCGGGGCCAGAUCCCUCGGCUCCAAUUACAAGGAAAGGAGUACUAACAUCGUUCCUAACCAGCAAGGCUAUGGAGAUACCAGAGCAAGAUAGCCUUGGAAAAUGUAGAUUUGUUUCUGAAUUUGAAAAGCUGAAUCGCAUUGGAGAGGGUACUUAUGGAAUUGUGUAUCGAGCCAGAGACACAAAAAAUGAUAAGGUUGUUGUUAAGAAAGUGAGAAUGGAGCAUGAGAAAGAUGGACUGCCAGUGAGCGGCCUCAGGGAAAUUUCGGUUUUAUUGUCUUGUCGACAUGAGAACAUUGUACAUUUGAGAGAAGUUGUAGUAGGCAGAAGCUUAGAAAGCAUAUUUCUCGCAAUGGAAUAUUGUGAGCAGGAUCUGGCAAGUCUGCUAGACAAUAUGCAGGCGCCAUUCUCGGAAAGCCAGGUCAAGUGCAUAGUACUGCAAGUGUUAAAGGGCUUGCGUUAUCUGCAUCACAAUUUCAUUGUUCAUAGAGACUUGAAAGUUUCAAAUCUCCUUAUGACUGAUAAGGGUUGUGUGAAGAUCGCCGAUUUUGGAUUGGCCAGGUGGUUUGGUUUACCUUUGAAGCCAAUGACCCCUAGAGUAGUCACUCUAUGGUAUAGGGCACCUGAAUUAUUAUUACAAGCUAAGACACAGACUACCUCGGUUGAUAUGUGGGCAGCUGGCUGCAUAUUGGGAGAAUUAUUAGGACACAGACCUUUAUUACCCGGCAGAUCAGAAAUUGCACAAUUGGAGUUGAUUGUCGAUUUAUUGGGUACACCUAGUGAAGCUAUCUGGCCAGAAUUUAAUUCGUUACCGGCGCUGCAGAAUUUUACACUUAAACAACAACCGUAUAACAAUUUGAAACAAAGAUUUCCUUGGUUGAGUGCUGCUGGCCUUAGGUUAUUAAAUUUCUUAUUCAUGUAUGAUCCAAAGAAGAGAGCCACCGCCGAAGAAUGUUUGCAAAGCAGCUACUUCAAAGAGGCUCCUUUACCGUGUGAUCCAAAACUUAUGCCUACUUUCCCACAACAUAGAAACAUGAAAAUGACUGCGCAGAAAGAAAAUCGUGAACAAGAACCCACUAUUACUGACCAAACUAAUAAUCUACCGGCGAUUUCGGAUCUUCUUGGAUCUUUAGUUAAGAAGAGACGUGUUGAAUAAAAAAAUGGGCUACUUAAGGAAAGAAAUAUCCUUGAUAUAUUCGUUGGAUACAUUUUCUGAUUGCGUUUUAUGAUUGACAACUGCGUGUAUACUGAUUGCCAAAUACAUUCUUUACAAACACUUA